AUGGCGACACAAUCGGUAUCUUAUGUCCAAAAUUUGGCAAAAUACAUGUCACUGGACCAGAAGGGCUCAAUCAUGGCAGAGUACGUCUGGAUUGACAGUGAAGGUGGCGUCCGCUCAAAGUCAAGGACCCUCAAGGAGCAAAAAUACGAACCCAAGGACCUGCCGACAUGGAACUUUGACGGCUCGUCGACGGGCCAGGCGAUGGGCGACAACUCGGACGUCUUCCUCAAGCCCGUCGCCGUCUACCCGGAUCCGUUCCGCGGCGAGCCCAACAUCAUCGUCCUUGCCGAGUGCUGGGACUCGGACGGCACGCCAAACAAGUUCAACCACCGCCAUGACGCCGCCAAGCUCAUGGAGGCUCACGCCGAGCACGAGCCCUGGUUCGGGCUCGAGCAGGAAUACACCCUCCUCAGCCUCGAGGACAGGCCGUUUGGCUGGCCGAAGAACGGGUUCCCAGCUCCCCAGGGACCGUAUUACUGCGGUGUCGGUGCCGGCAAGGUCGUGCAGAGGGAUAUCGUCGAGGCGCAUUACAAGGCGUGCUUGUACGCGGGCGUCAAGAUUUCCGGGACGAAUGCCGAGGUCAUGCCCGCCCAGUGGGAGUUCCAGGUCGGCCCGUGUGUGGGAAUUGAGAUGGGUGACCACCUUUCAAUAGCGCGCUUCCUCCUGCACCGCGUCGCCGAAGAAUUCGGAGCCAAGGUCUCGUUCGACCCCAAGCCCAUCCCGGGUGACUGGAACGGCGCCGGGCUGCACAGCAACUUCUCGACCAAGGAGAUGCGCGUCGACGGCGGCAUGAAGCACAUCGAGGCCGCCAUCAAGAAGCUCGAAGGCAGGCAUAAGGAGCACAUCGCCGUCUACGGCGAGGGCAACGAGAAGCGCCUGACGGGCUCCCACGAAACUGGCAGCAUCGAGGAGUUCUCUUACGGCAUCGCCAACCGCGGCGCCAGCGUCCGUAUCCCCAGGGAGUGUGCCGCAAAGGGCUAUGGCUACUUUGAAGACCGUAGGCCCGCCAGUAAUGCGGAUCCUUAUCAGAUCACCGGCAUUAUUAUGGAGACCUGCUUUGGUGCAGUGAACUAA